CGCUACACUCCCCCAGCCCUGCUUUCCCCUCCAGAUGCUGAGAAGACCCCUGGCUACUGGAACAAGGGGGCCAGAAGGAGGCUAGAGCUGGCCCUGGCAUUGCAGCCAGCAGCACGGAGGGCCAAAAACAUCAUCCUCUUCAUGGGUGACGGAAUGGGGCUGUCCACCAUAUCAGCAGCUCGGAUCUACAAGGGGCAGCUGGCUGGAGGCUCCGGCGAGGAGAGUGUCUUGGCCAUGGAGACCUUUCCCCACAUGGCCCUGGCCAAGGUGAGUGGGGCAGAGGCAGGGGGGGCCCUGCUGCCCCUGCCCAGAAACCCACUGGCCCCUGCUUGCUUCCAGACCUACACCAUUGACCGGCAAGUACCUGACAGUGCUGGUACAGGCACAGCCUACCUGUGCGGGGUGAAGUCUAACGCCAAGACACUGGGGCUGAGUGGGGCAGCUGUCUAUGGCAAAUGCCACACCACGUUUGGCAACGAGGUGGACUCCAUCCUGCACCGGGCCAGGCUGGCAGGCAAGUCUGUGGGCAUCGUGACAACCACACGGGUGCAGCACGCGUCCCCCGGGGCAGCCUAUGCCCACUCGGCCAGCCGGACCUGGUACGCUGAUGCCAACAUGCCCAGGGAGGCGCUGCGGGAUGGCUGCAAGGACAUUGCCUACCAGCUGGUGCACAACACAGACAUCAAUGUGAUCCUGGGCGGCGGGCGGAUGUACAUGACCCCCAAGUGGACCCCAGACCCCGAGUACCCGGAAGACUCCGCUCAGAACGGCACCAGGAAGGAUGGUCUUGACUUGAUUGCCAAAUGGCUGAGUGGCAAGCAGGAUGCCCGCUAUGUCUGGGACAAGAAGGGCCUGGAUGCUGUUGAUGACUCUGUGAGCCACCUGAUGGGCCUCUUUGAGCCCAAGGACAUGAAGUAUGAGCUGAACCGCGACACCUCCACGGACCCCUCCAUCGUGGAGAUGACGGAAAAGGCCAUCCGCAUCCUGCGCAGGAACCCCAAAGGCUUCUUCCUCUUUGUGGAAGAUGACCACAUUCCUUGUGCAGGUGGCAGGAUCGACCAUGGCCAUCACAGCGGCCAGGCCAAGCAGGCGCUGAUGGAGACUGUCAUGCUGGACCGUGCGGUGGCACGGGCGGGCGAGCUCACCUCCCCCUCCGACACCUUGACUGUGGUCACAGCUGAUCACUCCCACGUCUUCACCUUUGGGGGCAACACACUGCGUGGCACCUCCAUCUUUGGGCUGGCCCCCAAGAAAGCUAAGGACAAGCGAGCCUACACCAGCAUACUCUAUGGCAAUGGGCCUGGCUACAGCAUCCGCAAUGGGGGCCGCCCAGCCGCCAGCCUCCCUGCCGCGGAGGACAAGGACUACAGGCAGCAGGCAGCUGUGCCCCUGGAGACGGAGACCCACAGUGGAGAGGAUGUGGUGGUGCUGGCCCAGGGGCCCAUGGCUCACCUCUUCUACGGGGUGCAGGAGCAGCACUACAUCGCCCAUGCCAUGGCCUAUGCUGCCUGCAUUGAGCCCUAUGAUGCUGAGCCUGGGUGUGGGGCAGCCCGCAGGGCCUCUCAUGGCACCCAGUGCUCCUCACAGCCCCUUCUCGCCCUCCUGGUCCUCUGCAUGGUUGCCCAUAUGGUAGGCAGCUGA